CUGAAAGAGAGUACCUUCUGAAUUGACGGCAAAUCUUUGGUUUUGUUUUUUCCCCCUAGUGAAUUAUUUUUGGAGGCAUUGUUCGGAAAGAGAAAGUUAAGCUGCUGGAGCUCAAACAGGGAGAAUGGCUUCGCUUUCUGAAGAGAAUUUUUCUUGUCCCAUUUGUCAUGAAAUCUUCAAGGAUCCCGUGGUUUUAUCUUGCAGUCACAGUUUCUGUAGAGAGUGUCUUCAGCAGUACUGGAGAGCUGUGGAUAUCCAGGAGUGUCCCGUCUGCAGGAGGAGAUCCUCGAGAGAUGAUCCUCCAAACAAUCUUGUGUUAAAAAACUUGUGCGAGUCCUUCCUGAAGGAGAGAAAAGAGAAACCUUCACCAGGAUCAGAGGAGAUCUGCAGUUUACACGGUGAGAAACUCAAACUCUUCUGUCUGGAGGACAAGCAGCCGGUGUGUUUGGUGUGCAGAGACUCAGAACAGCACGACAAUCACAAAUUCAGACCCAUCGGUGAAGUGGUUUCAUCACACAAGGAGGAGCUCAAUACAGGACUGAAGUCCUUACAAGAGAAACUAAGACACAAAGAAACCAUUAAAGAAGAGUUUGAGAAAACAGUUCAGCACAUCACGGCUCAAGCCGACCACAGCGAGCAUCAAAUUAAACAAGAGUUUGAGAAGCUUCAUCAGUUUCUCAAAGAUAGAGAAAAGGGUACAAUCACUGCACUGAGGAAAGAAGAGAAGCAGAAGAAGCAGAUGAUGAAGGAGAAGCUGGAGGAGAUCAACACACACAUCUCAGCUCUUUCAGACUCAAUCAGAGACACGAAGGAGAUGCUGAAAGCCAAUGACGUCUGCUUUCUGAAGGAGUUUCCAGGCUCAAUGGAAAGAGUCCAGAUCUCACAGCCGGAUCCACAGACGCCUUCUGGAGCUUUGAUUCAUGUGUCUCAGUACUUGGGGAACCUGCAGUACAGAGUCUGGAGGAAGAUGGAGGACAUCGUCCACUACACUCCUGUGAUUCUGGACCCAAACACUGCAAAUUCGCACAUCGUCCUGUCUGAAGAUCUGACCAGCGUGAGAGAGAGCGAGAACAAACAGUGGCUUCCUGAUAACCCAGAGAGGUUUGACUAUCCCUGUGUUCUGGGUUCAGUGGGGUUUUGCUCAGGAAAACACCGCUGGGAUGUGGAGGUGAAGGAGAGUCGAUGCUGGAGUGUCGGAGUAACUACAGCGUCAAACCAGAGGAAGAGAGAUGUUUUCUUUAACACUGAUGUGUGGAGUGUGUGGCACGACCCGUACGGACUAAUCAAAAGUUCUUCGAAUGAGUUUCCAGUCGAGCAGUACCUGGAGUGUGUGAGAGUGGAGCUGGACUAUGACAGAGGAACUGUGUGUUUCUCUGAUCCUGUAAAUAACACACAUCUACACACAUUCACAACCACCUUCACUGACGCCGUCUUUCCUUUCUUGUGGUGUGACUUGUUCUCUUCACUAAGGAUCUUACCAUUCAAUCGCUAGUAUACAUUAUACAUGUUGGUCUGUGCCGAGUUGUGUAAAGCACCUUACAUUUAUCCCUGUAGGGCCCCGAUAUACUUCAAACAAAAUAAAAGAGCUGAAAUUAGGUCAUUUUGAACAAAAUCUAAUGUAUUAUGUACAGUUUGAAACAUCUGACCAAAACAAACUCUUUGCGUUAGUACGUUUUAGGCCUUGUUUACACUAAUACGUAGGGAUGGUUACCAAAACUCGGUACUUUAUCGGUAUACUCUGAUGUUAACGGUUCUGCUAUCUGUACUGGAGAACUAUUGCUGUAAAAACAUUACUUACAGAAGCAUAAAUUAACUGACCAUCCUUUUCUAAUUUGUGAAAUUUGAUAUUCGUCUGCACAGUCGGCAAUCUCACAUGAGAAAUGCUCAUGUUUAGUGCAUUAACUACAAUGCAAACUAAUGCAAAGUUUUUAACUGCCUAGCUACUAAUGGUAACUUAACAUCAUCCACAUCGUUAUGCCAGCAGGCAAUCACCUAAAAUAGUAUAAAAUUAAUACAGUGAAAAUAGUAUUUUUUUCUGCAGAAGCCUAAAUAAA